CUAGAACGUCGGAAGCCUAACCCGGUUCUUCCCGAAGCUUCUCUUCGGCUUGUAUAAUUAUCCAUGGUCUCGCACUUUUUCUCCCAAGUAAUCCGAAACUGUCAUCUUCAAUCUCUUAUAGAGCAUCAACCAAACGCUAAGCAAUCGACUCGAUCACAAUGGAUCUCAGACUGAUGGGGUUCGAUCACCCUCUCCUCCACCCACUUCACCACAUCUUCGAUUACGCCGCCGACGACAAGUCAUCAAACAACAGCGCCCCUUCACAGACUUUUGUGCUCGACGCCAAGGCCAUGGCGGCGACACCGGCGGACGUGAAGGAGUACCCGAACUCGUACGUCUUCAUCAUCGACAUGCCGGGGCUGAAGUCCGGCGACAUCAAGGUGCAGGUCGAGAACGACAAUGUCCUGACGAUUAGCGGAGAGCGGAAGCGCGAGGCAGAUGAGAAGGAGGGCGUGAAGUAUGUGAGAAUGGAGAGGAGGGUUGGCAAGUUUAUGAGGAAGUUCGUGCUCCCGGAAAAUGCCAAUCUGGAGAAGAUAUCUGCGGUUUGCCAGGAUGGUGUGCUGACUGUGACGGUGGAGAAGCUGCCACCGCCAGAGCCGAAGAAGCCAAGGACCGUGGAGGUCAAAAUCGGUUAAAAUUGAUCAACAUUUGCGCUCUUAAGUCUUAGUUUUUCGUGUUUUGAAUGUUCACCGUUAAGGAAUGAUGGAUUGAUGGUCUUGCAGUUCUUUACUAUGUUUGUUUCAAUGUUCCUCUCUUGGAUAUGGAAAUCCCCUCCUUUCUCUAAUCAUCAUAAUAAUGUAUGACUGAUCAUAAAUAUAUUGUUAAUUUUGCCGUGAAAACUGUGCUGGAUUUUCAUUACAAUGAAUUUAAAUCAUAAAAUUUAAUGCAAAAGAGAACAAAAGUUAUCUGAA